AUGGCAACUAGCAAAUCGGAUGACAUAAAAAGACCUGAGCCAGCAUCUAGACUCUCCAAAAAUGUCCUCCUUAUUUGGUUGGAUAACAACAUUAAAGAUAAUAAUGCUGAUUAUAGUAAUACUAUCAAGCAUUUAAAACGUAUAAUUAACAACGUAAACACGUUUACAAAUGGUAGACAAUGUGUUGAAUUUAUUCAAACCAUUACCAAUACCAAUGUAUGUAUGAUUAUUUCUGGUUCAUUUGAGAAAUAUAUUGUGCCUUAUGUGCAUGUCAUGUCCCAAGUAGACACCAUUUUUAUUUUUUGUGACAAUCAAGAAUGGCAUAGACAAUCGACCAAAGACUGGCCUAAAGUCAAAGGAGUCUUCACAGAAAUAACACCAAUUUAUAAAGCUCUUGAAAAAUCUGUUCACUUUUGCGAGCAAAACGCCACCGCAAUCAGUUUUGUGGCAUUAAACAAAAAGUUGGAUCAAUUAGAUCCAUCAUUUAUGUAUACUCGGAUCUUGAAAGAGAUCUUAUUAACCAUCAACUUCGAAGACAAACAUAUUAAAGAAUUUAUUACUUAUUGUCGUGAAGUAUUUGUCGAAAAUGAGUAUGAAUUACAUAAUAUUGAAAAAUUGGAAAGUCAUUAUCGUAAUCACACACCGAUUUGGUGGUAUACUUAUCAAUGCUUUUUAUAUCCUACGCUCAAUAGUGCAUUGAGAUCAAUGGAUUCUGAUAUCGUUGUCCGCAUGGGUUUCUUUAUCAAUGAUCUGCAUCUUGAUAUUCAACGACUACAUUCGGAACAAUUUCAUGGCCAUCAAUCAGGUAAAACAUUUACAGUUUAUCGUGGACAAGGUCUUUCGAAAGAAGAUUUCGACGAAAUGACAAAAACUAAAGGUGGACUUCUUUCAUUUAAUAACUUUUUAUCGACUAAUAGAAAUCGUGAUACUGCUCUUGAAUUUCUACAACAAGUUGCUACAAAUCCUAAUCUUGUUAGAAUUCUAUUUGUUAUGUCAAUUAAUCCUAGUGAUCCAACAACUCCAUUUGCUUCUGUUACACAUAUUGGCCAUUUUCAUAUGGAAGAUGAAGUUCUCUUUUCUAUAUAUCCCAUUUUUCGUAUUGGAGAUAUUAAACCAGUACAUGGAAAUAACUAUCACUAUGAAGUGAAUUUAACAUUGACUACUGACAAUGAUUAA